GAAGUACAGUUUCCGUUCAGUGAGACAGUGACGUAAAAUUGAAAUGGUACAUUUCCUUUCUGGCAUUUUUAUACCGAAUUACAUCAUCUUUAUGAUGUCACAGAGCGGAUGAUAAAGAUUAAAUUACAACUUUUGUCUUUCCAUUCAAAACAUCUGUUUACGAAAGGUGAAUCACAGUUAUUGAAGAAUACAGUUUUCUGUUAAAUAUUUCCACUACAAAAGUUUAUACCUCAGGUAAUAUACAUUUUGCUACUUUUAUGCCAUCACUAAUCGCUAUAUUUUGCAACAAUUGUUCUGUUUUUAUAACAGACUAUUUUACGCUUGAUUGGCGCGGCGCGUUGAGAAAUUUAUGUUACUAAUUACUAUAUAGAUAUUAAUUCAAUAAUUGCCAUUUUCCAAAGUUUGGACUUAAAUCUAUGUUAUUUAGAAAUGUUUCUAUUAAUUUACAGUGAUUAUAGCGCGUUAAAUUUAACGCUAUUAGUGGAUUUCACGAUUUCUUUUGGAGCAAGAUUAAACUAACAGUACUAUACAUAAAAUAUAACACCACUUUCCCUCUCAUUUUUGCCUUUGGUUUUAAAGUUAUUUGCUGGGCUCUGCUUUUUAUCUUUAAACUGCAAGUUGAUUACCAUUCGCUGCAUCAUUUGCUCAGUAAAAUCCAACUACUAAUAGUCCACUUAGAUAAUAUAUUUUGUGUAGUAAAUCAUGCCAUAUAUGCGUGUGUUUAACGGUCUACUUAUGUACUAUAUUAUGCUUACUUGGCAACUAAUACUGAAAUAUACCGAUAACUUUAAUAUAGAUUAAAAUGUACUGUAAAAUGCUCUAUCUUAUGAAAAUAUUUUUGAUUUUGGAUGAUGCAACCCCUUCCUAGAAACUGAAUAGUUUAAAUAACAGUAGCAUAAUUUCUUAGAAUUGUUUGUAUAUUUCUUAGAGGUUUAUCAUAGUUGACAAGCUUUAUAGAAUAGCCAACAAUGGCCGAUCGAUUUGUCCAUGGAAAUGAACCCUUGGAUUCUACAUCAGAUGAUUCAAUAAGAUCCUCUGUCGUUCAGAAUGAUCAAAUAAUUACACAAGAUGAUCAAGCUUCUAUCAGCCAAGAAAACAUGGCACAUGAAUGUGAUUCUACCAAUACAAAUCAAAAUGUGUUCGAUCGAGAGCAAAAUUCAGUUGAAAAUUCUGUUACCUUAGCUGAUUAUCAUGUUGAGCAUCAACAACCAACAUUUGAAAACAGGCAUCAGAUUGGCAGAGGUAUGGUGGACCUAAGGCAGAAUGUAGUUGACAAUAGAGUAAGUGACACUGGAACAUCAUGUGACAAUGUUGUUGAUCGCACUAAGAGAACAGUAGAGGACCACCAUCAAUCUGCUAGUGGUAUGGUGGACCGUCGACAAUCGACAGUUGAAUAUACAGAUAUGGACCACAUGGUUAAUUGUCAAGAUAGAAAAAAUAGCACAGUGGAUCGACAUAAAGCUACCGUUGAAGACACAAAUGAAAAGUCCGCUGAACAACGUCCAAGUGUUAGUCAAGUUGUAGAUGCUACAUCGACGAAUCACAUUGGAUAUCAUGAAAAAUCUUCUUAUCAAGACAGCCAGUCAAUGAAAACUGGUAAUCUAGUAGAUCGUCAGAAAAGGACAGUUGAAGAUGACAUACCAACGACAAAAGCCACAGGUACAAGUCAACAUGGUGUACCAAAUACAACAAUAUAAUAAAUACAAAAUAAGUGAAACUCCAAAGAUCAAUGGAGUUUUACUUGAAAAGAUUGGAGUUUCUCUUUGGAGUUUCACUUGUUUUGUAUUGUGUUAAAAUAUUCAGUGGUUCUAAAAAUGUUUUCAAUAUAAUAAGUGCUGUUAGGCUAGGCUUGGGCGGUUUUGAUUAACAUAAAAACUAGUAGACCAUCUGACUUAAAACCGGUUAAACCGUAAAACCUUUUCUUAACUUUUUCAUUUUCUAACAUAGGAUUUAUUUGAAAUUCUAACUUAACCACAGUCUUGGUAUGAUUUCACAACACAAUUACACCUAACUCUUUACCUUAAAACAGUGGGCAUAUCCACACAAAUACAAUAUUUAAAGCUUUUCCUUUGUAUUUAUUUCAGAAGAAGAAUUAUGGAAGAUUCAACUCCACAUCGACACUGAAUGCAGCCAAGAUAUAAUAAAUCAGUUACCGACAAGCAAAUGCUUUGAGUGGAACAAAUCAGUUAUCUUCGGCAGAGGCGAUGUUGUUGACAUCUUCGUAAAUCAUGAACAGGCUUCGAGAAAUCAUGUAGAACUCAUCGGACAGACUUUACCAAAUGGUCAAGUUUUAUUUAUGACCAGAAACAUCAGUACAAGUAAAGGCUAUCAUUUAAAUAGACAAUAUAUCACUGAUAAUAAUCAAUGGAUGCCAUUAAACAAAGGAAACCAAAUUAAGAUAGCUGGACUAACGUUUACUGUGGACAUUAUCCCUGCAGCAGCCAUUAUGAGAAUUUUUGUUAUAGAAUUUAUAUUGCCACAAGUCCAUCAUAGUCCAGUUGUGACCAUCCCUAGUCCAGUUGUGACCAUCCCUAGCCCAGUUACGUAUCGAGCACCAUAUUUAUCCAAUGGUCAAUCAAGUUUUUAUCAUCCUGUGCCAAGUUUUCAACCAUUUGCCAAUCCUCAUGGGAAUUUUGUUCCACCUCAAUCAGCCCAUGGAAAUUAUGUUCACCCUGCAUAUUUAUCACCGACUAAUGGUAUGCCUAUGCAGCCGUAUUUGUUUUAUAGUGGUAUUCUACCACCUGGUCAACCUUAUGUGGCAGGUAAGUGUAUAAUGGUGUAACCGAUAUAGCACUGACAGUCAGUUUUAACUCUGGGACUGGGUUGAUUUCUGCAUUAUGUGGCUGUUUGAAUCUACCAAACGGACCAUAGGUUUUCUCCUGGUAAGAUGAUAACAGAUUUAACAAAAUAUGAUUGAGCUAACCAGUAUAAGUAAACUAGACCUUUAUUGGAAAAAAAUGUAGAAUUGGUGGAGCUAUCAGGUAUAAAUAAAGUUACUUAAAUUAAUCACUUAACAUACCUUCUGUUUUGAACUUUCAGGUAACCCGACAAACAUUACUGGUGACAUGGUAGAACAUGCACUUCAACCAUACCAAGAGAGGGAGGGGUACGUAAACAUUCGCACCUUACGCUAUCUGGCCCAUGAGGCUGUGGGUGAGUGGAAGGCACUGGGGCGAGCCUUGGGGCUCAAAGACUGGCAACUGACAAUGAUUAACGGGAACUAUCCAGAAGUUGGUGAGAAAAGUUACCAAAUGCUUAUGACUUGGGUAUGUAGUAAUCCUAUACAAGCAACACUCGAGAACUUGAAAAUUGCACUCGAAGACAUGUUAGUGGGUAGAGGUGAUUUGGCUGUGAAAUACUGUACUAGUGUACAAAACAAUGAUACUAAUGUACAGAAUAAUGGUGAAGAAAAUACAAAUGUACCAGACAGUACAAAUGAUGAUGAAUCACACUCGGGCUAGAGACAGUGAGCUCAUUUGGUUUUACAAACAAACUGAUUUUUUAUGCGCUAACUGCAACUGCGCCAUGUACAGAGACAUCUUAUGACUAUGCUGUGUUUGUGCACAAGGACAGAUGAUCUGUCAAAACAAAUUAAAUUUAAAGAACCUUUCUGAAGAUUCCAUCAGAGUAUGUGGGGUUCAUCACAUCAGCAUGAACUCCACCUACUGCCGUAUUAUGUCUGAUUGAUAAUGUGGGUAUCUGAUGUGGGUAUCCUGGAUAAAUAUAAUAAUAAUUAUUAUUAUAAUCCUAAGGGAAACUUCAGGGGGAACCAGCAACUGCAAUGCCCAAUAUGCCGUGAUAAUUUGAUUUAUUUCAAAAUCAUUGUCAAACCAACGAUUUUGAAAUGAAAUCUGCUUACAUCAAAUGUUGUAACCUAGAAAUACCACCAUUUGGGUUAUUACUUUCUAUUCCUGGUUAAAUAGUGCAUUUUGGAAUCAUCACCCGCAUAAAAAAUGGCACUUAAAAUUCACCAGUGCAUUCAUUGACAUUCACAUGCAUAAUCAGAUGAUAAUUUUAACUCAGCGGAGGCUAUGUUGAACUAGCCUUGCACUUAAAACAUGAUCUCAAAGCACAGAAUACAUGUAUAUUCUCUAUUCUGUGGUAGAACCAUAGAAUUAGAAGAUACACAUUUCUUUUGUUUAGUUUUGACCGAAUAGUUGUGACUUUACGAAACUUUGCGAAAUGUGAUCAUAGGCUGCCCAAAAGUGUGUGUUGUAAUUUUUACCCUCGCGCAUGGCGCUCGGGCAUGCAUCGAGUCUACUCAGUUUAUUAUUACGACAUAAUAGGUCAUAAUAAUAAACUGAGUAGACUCGAUGCAUGCCCGAGCACCACACGCGAGGGUAAAAAUUACAACAUGCACUUUUGGGUAGCCUAUGCUGUGAUUACAAAAAAUUGCAGUUUAUUAUUACGACAUAAUAGCUCAUAAUAAUAAACUGAGUAGACUCGAUGCAUGCCCGAGCACCACACGCGAGGGUAAAAAUUACAACAUGCACUUUUGGGUAGCCUAUAACUGUGAUUACAAAAAAUUGCACUGUGAUUACAGAAAAUUGCACUGUGAUUACAGAUGUUUGGGAUUAACUGCACUGAAAUCAACCAAUCACAGUCGAGUAAUAUCUUUAUGUAUAUUAUUAACAGUGUAUUCAUUGAUCAUAUCAAUGCAUGGUAAUCAUUAUUGAUCACCUCAGUAUUUGAUUAAUAGUAUUGAUCACAUCAAUGCAUGUUAAUUUGCAGUAUUUAUAAUUUGCAGUAUUUAUAAGUAAAUUGUGAUUAGUUAUGAAAUUAUCACCCGCAAUUUAGGUACUUAGGGUUGACAUCUCUGUAACCAGGAAUCUGCUUAUAUUUGACCAGGAUGAUCUUGUUAAAAUAUCCAGACCAUGCUGGGUGGAUAUUAGUCCAGUCCUGGAUUAGGUGGAUAUAUAACCAGAGCCCUUGGUUAUUUAUCCACCCAGUAUGGUCGUGGUUUAUACUUAAUUGAACCAGGAUGUCCUGAUCAAAUUAACCAGAAUAUAGUAGUGGUGAAAGUUUAAAAUAACCAGGAAAUUCAACCCGGAAUCACAGAGAAAUUACUUACAGAGGUCUCACUUCAGGUUAAUUUAGCGUAAGGGAUUUUUCCAGUCCGCCAUGUUCUUAGCAAGUGCCCUAAAGAGAGGCUGUCACCCUCCUGGAAACAUAUUGAAAUUUAAUGUUCCAGGGGAGUGAAUGCCUCUCUUUAGGGCACUUGCUAAGAUAUGCACAGUAAAAACUAUUUGAUGGGUUGAUGGGUAUUGCAUAUGAAAAUUGUCGAGUGGAAAUUUAUAUAGUUACAUUUAUGAGACGUAACCAGGAACAGAAACGAAAUAUGCAACUUUACCAACUUAUAUGUCCCUGGCAGGAAUUGAACCUGUGAUUCCAGUGCAGUACUCUAACCAACUGAGCUACAGAGGCCAGUUGUCGAGCUCUAACCUCUUACGGUUAUUUUGCAGAAGUGAGACCGCCAUAUAUAACUACUCUGUGCCGGAAUCUUAAAGUAGGGAUAGAGUUAUUUCUGGGUGAACAAGGAAAAGAGUGUUUUAGAGUAUUUCAGCACAAGAUGCUAUUAUUUGCUCAGAAAUCACAACAAAAUUCCGACCUAAAUUUCAGUUGAUGUUAUUUAAAUGUAAUGUGAUAAUGUAUUGUAGUUUGGGAAUUAAUGGUAAUGAAUUAGCUGUAUUAGCUAUUAAUGAUUUGUAGCCAUAUUAAUAUCUUGCACAAAAGAAAAUGCAUUUAUA